GAGGAAAUGAACCAAUCGUGUAACGUUUGAGAAGACGGACGUGAUUCCUGGAUCCCACUUGAAUCCUUCAUUUCAUCCUCAAUCGAAAGAUCGAACAAUCUUAGAAUCCUCACAUCAAAAUUUUUAUUUCACAAUAACAAACAAAAUAAUGUCUAACAAACGUUAUAAUUAAUCUAACAAUCACCUACAGAUUACAAACAAACGAUUACAAUUUUUUAUAUUAUGAAACUCAAAGUAGUUCCGCUAAUUUCACACAGGUACAGAAGUUGUAUAAUGUUUGUUUUCUGGCACUUGGCCCUGUAUGAGGGUUGAAGCUAAAAAGGAACAUGAAGAUGAUUGUUUUGCAACCACGCGUUUGAGUUUAUUUUUCAUUCCUCGUACUUCUGCAAAGUGCAAUGAGUUCAGAGUAGUUUUUUGUCCUUGUAUAUAUUGCUGGGAGUGGAGAAUAGCAAUGGUUGAGGAAGUUGUUAGCCCAUAUAAUAGACCCAAGAAUAAAACUGCCAGACCUCGUCCAGUGUAUCUGUGGAAUGUACUUGAUGUUCAAAAAUGGUUACGAAGGCAUUGUAGUGACUACUAUCAGCUUUAUCAUGAAAAAUUUUUAUAUCAUGAUAUAACAGGAAGAGCAUUACUCAGAAUAAAUGAGAAUAUUUUGUUACGACUGGGCAUUGACAGUGAAGAACACAGGAUGGAUAUCUGGAGAGAGAUCAUGAAGUUACAUCUAAAAACGGAUAUUCUAGAGAUACGUGAUAUAGAACGUCGCAAUAAUACAAAUUAUGACUAAGACAGAGAUUACUAUUCUAAGAAUUUCAUAAUUGUAUUCAAUACAUCCUUGAUAUUUUAUUUUAAAUAAAUCACCAUUAUUUUUUCCAUUUUUAAA